AGCCGGUUUGGCAUAGUAGCUUCGAAACACUGCAGAAGUACACAACUGAAACGGAAUAGUAACUGAAUUAGAGGCGAGUCAAAUAUACUUACCUAUUUGUAGAAAGUGUGAAGAACGCGAGUUUCAUGCCAAGUUAUACACAUACGCCAAAAGUAUAUGUAUGAGCAAAUCAAGUAGAAAAGCAACACAAAUUGUUUCGAGAAGAAUUCUAUCUACGUUCUAGUACUUAUUUUUUAUCAAAAAAAAAACACAGAAGAAGCAAAUCAACACAGAAGGAACUCUGUAAUUUUAAAGAAAAAAAUAAAUUUAAACAAAAAAUUGCCAUCUCAAAGAAAAAAGUUGUUUAAAACAAGCUGAAACGGACCAACGCCAUCAAAGUGAUAAUUUAACUAAAAUUAAAAGAAAAUAUAGCGUUAAAGUAAAAGCCGAAUCAAGUGCUGUGAUUUCAAACUACAAAAAGAAAAAAAGUUAAUUUAAUGAUUUUUUAAAAUAUCGGCAUUGGAAGCCAAACACAAAAUCACCAAUGCAGCAGCAAGCAAUUCAACAACUUAACACUAAACGGAAAUUCAGCGAAUUGUGAUAUAGCGAAGGCGCCGAGAAGAAGUUAAAGCUUAAUAAAAGAAACUUUUCAAAAAAGUUACAUUUUUUUGGAAAAUUUAAAGAACUGAACGAUAACGUUCAAAAAGUGAUAAAUAUAUAUAUUAUAUAUAUAUAUAAAGUAAACCAGUGUGAAUUAACUGUUAAGCAGAGGCCUGCCUGUGAAGUGUGAAGCAGCGCACUACCACCGAAAGCAAUUUUGUUUUUAAUAAAGUUCAAUUCUGAAAAGUAAAUAAUUUAAAUGAAAAUGGAAGUACUUGCGGUGCAACAGCAAUACCAGUCGAAAUACAACAUAUACGGGUCCAGUAAAGUUAGAGAUUGGACCAGCACAUUGUCGCCACUGUUGCCGCUGGCGUCCAGCGGCUGGGUCGAUACAGAGCCAGAGGCGGCUGCCGUCCCCCAACCGACCGCCAGCAUACCCAUACCAUAUCUGCAGAAUCAACAGAAUUAUCAUAUUAACAACAACAACAACCACAUCAACAACAAUAACAACAACAACAACACAGUUAACAAUAAAAAUGUGAAAAACAGUAUUAUGCAUCAUAAUAAUAAGAAAACCAAACGCACAGCAAGCACUGAAGAGCUGUUGGCCGUGCCUGAGGUGAUGAUUGCCCCACCGUCGUUGAAGGAGAUGAAAAAGGUGCCGGCGAGCCGUGCGGCUUCGGCACCAUACACCCUGACACCAAACACAAACGCAAAUACAAAUACAAACAGUGCAACUGCGACAGUGGGCGGCAGCUACCUCACCACCCAGCAUACACCCUCCCAGAAUCCCACAACAAAUCUCUUCAACUGUGAUGAUAUCGAUGCAGCAGCCGUGGAGGAUCUCUCACUGCGCCUGUUGGAUGAGUUGCGAGCCGCCAAGCAGCGCCAUCUCACCUGCACCGAAGUCUCCCUACCCUGUGAUCUCACGCUGCGCAUUGCCGCGGAAAUCAUACGCGUCUCCGCCAAGGAACCGUGCGGCGUACGCGGCUGCACCAUCUACAUCGAAUUCGAGGAUGAACCGAACAAUUCGCGACGCAUCGCCGAACUCAAAUUGGAUCCCGAAAUGGUAUCGACUUUCGAGAUAUACUUGACGUUGCGUCAGGACCACCGCGGCUGGACCUCACUGCUGCCACAAUUCAUGAAGAGUCUGGCACGCACCAUCACCAUCAGUCCGACAUUCACCAUCACCAAACACAAGCUCUACUCAUCGGAUCGCACCAGCUACAGCUAUGGCAGCAGUGCGCCCGCAACGAUCUCAGCAACAGCAACAGCAACAACAACAGCACCAACAUCGUGAAUCGAUAGCGGUGCGUAUAGCAUUAGGCAGCAGCAGCGCGCCGCCGUGGCGUCGGCUACAGCUCAGUUCAAUGAGUUGGAAGCCAGCACGGCGGCGGCUGCGACUGUGUCGGUGGUUGUGAUGACGACGACGACGACGACGAGUGGUGUGCGUAAGCGUAAGCGUGUGGUGUGGUGAUGCGAAUGUGGAGGCUGAUCGUCAGCGUACGAGGAGCAUGUGGACAGUUCGCUGGGAAUUGUGGUAGCACACGAGCCGAUUUAACGAACGAUAUGCUUUAAGGAUGACUGCUGCUCGACGAGACGACCUCGAAACGAUGAAGAUGAAACGAAAUCGUGUAAGACGUGUUAUUAAGUUAAGAUUUUUUUAUUAUCGUACAUUGCAUAAUGCAAGAACGAAGCGUAGUUAGCGGAGUGUAUUCGAAACAACCCCACCUACACACACACACACACACACAGACGGACACACCGACACCGACACAAACACAAACUUUUUACUUACAGUAUCUGUGCGCCUCUUUGUGGGGGCGCCCUUUCCACGACAUCUCUCACUUUCACUUUCCCAAAGCAGCAUACAUAUUUACAAAAUACAUACACACACACACACACAUACAAACGCAUAUAAUCACUUAUACAUACAUAUAAUUGUGUAUCUCAUGUAAUGACGUAUAAAGUAUCUUUCAAUUGAAACAAAAAUGAACUCGUUAGUUUUUAGUACAGCGAAUACGCGCCCACGAAUGAUCUGCAUAUUUAAUGAAAAAAACAAAAACAAAAAACAAAAAAAUUAAUAUUAUGAAUAAUGAUUACUAAAAGUUUUUAAAUUUAUAUUUUUAUGUUUACCUUUUUAAUUUUAACAAAUUUCUGUGAAUGCAGUCUGUCAAUUGUCCAGCUGAACGAUUGAUGAUUAAUUGAUUUUUUUGAAAUUCAAAAAAUUACAGUUAAUGCGUGAUUUAGUAGAGGAGAAGUAAGAAAUGCAUGAAAUUUUUAGAUUUCUAAGGCUGCAGCCACCACCGACACUCACACACACACACACACACGCGUGCACACAGCAAGUGAAAAAUAUAUGUGUGAGCACUUCCGCAAUGGCCAGCAAUGAGCGGACGGAAGGCUGACAGCCGUGUGUGUGUGAUGCGGUUGCGGCGGUGCGACUUGCAGCCAAAAUCUCAAACUCAUGAAAUUGUGAUAACACUUUAAGAUGCUAAGAUUUUUUAAUUAAGAUUACGAAGAAGUAUAAAGUAGAAGUUGAUGAUGAAGACGAAGAGUAGCAGUUUAAAAGCGAAUUGCGAUUAAGCAAAAGAAAACGAUUUAAACAAAAUACAAAAAAAGUAAAUGUUGAUGUAGUUUGUGAGCAGAGCGCUGACUUUUUUGAAAUUGUAAUCAAGCGGCAGGCUAGCAGCAAGCAAAAAAAAAAAACUAAAAAUAAAAAACAAAAAUUGUGAAUGCGAAAAACAAAUAAAUACUUUAAAAAGCUAAAAGUUUUCAGGCGUAAAUCUUGUGAGAAAAAUUUUGCAAAAAAUUUGUAAAACUGUAAAAAUUAAUAAUUGUGUGAAAAGCAACAUAUGCGAUAUUGACUAAAAUUCAAAAUUAUAAAAAUGUGAAAAAAAAAACAAAAAUGAAAAUUGUGACAUUUGCAACAAAAAUUAGUAUUAACAAAUUCAAAGAAAAAAAAUUUUUAAAAGUUAUAGAUUUCCAAAAAAUAAAAAAAAAUUCAAAAAAUAAAAAAAAAACUUUCUAAUUGCUACAAACAAACAUAAAAAACUUAAGAUUUUUCAGUAAAAAAGUAUGAAAUUCCGUAAAAAAAAACAAUAAAUUAGCAAUAAUUUGAAAUGCUCACACGCAGACAGCCAACAACUACAGUUGUUACAAGUACCCAACUCAAAUAGCAACAAAUAAAAAACACACUUUGCAAUAGUUGCUAAAUACAUACAUACAUAUAUGCAAUAAAACCAAACAGAAAUAUUAUAACUAUUAUACGGCACAAAAACAACAAAAACAAUAAGAAAAUAGACUCUACACAUUUUAGCCAGCAAAAAGAGAAAUAAACAAAAAUUAAAAAAAAAAAAAAAAUUUCAAAUACACAACAACACAAUAGCUUAAAAAUCAAAAUAAACAAUAAAAUAAAAAGAAGAAAAACAAAAAAACAACAACAACAAUAAAUAGCCUACUCAUUGUAACCGUUGUUAGAGGUAUGUGUAGCCCAGCCAGUAAGCGCUAUAGGCCAAAACAGCUGUAGUACGCACUUAUUUGGCAGUAAUUUAAAUAUUUAUUACAACUACUACAACAAACAAACAAACCUUGUGCAUGUAUUAAUUUUUUAUUAUUAUUACUACUACUAUUAUCAUUAUUAUUAUUAUUAUUACACAACAAAGAAUGAAGAUUGUAUUAAUGUUAAGUUUUUUUCUAAUUACAUAUGAUGCAUUAAAAGCAUAUAUUUAAACUUCAACAACAACAACAAACAGACAAACAAAUUGUGUACACACACACUACAUACAUUUUUACCAGCGCCAAAAUGCGCAGAAUUUUUUUCAAAAAAAACCAACAAAAAAACAAAAACAAAAAAAAUUACAUAAAAACAAAAAGAACUGAGUACAGCUUAUGUUGCCAGAUUAAAUUACAAAAAAACAAAAAAAAAAA